UACAUUUUUAACACAAUUCCUUAACUUUAUGUAUAUUAGUAACAAUUCCAUUGUCAUAUCUUGCGCAAUGAUUGACACUGACUGAAUGAUCAUUUUGUAUGCAAAUGUUUUCACUCGAGCUUCCUAAUGACAGUAGUAGAGCAUGAAUAGAUACUAUGUACUAUAUAUAUAUAUAUAUAACUGUUCAUAAUUCAUUUAUGCAUUUUCUGUCUCUUUUUUUAAUAAUUAUUAAAAAGUACGUCAAGAAAAUGUCAACGUGUCAUUUUGCCAAUCCGUAAAAUAAAACGACAUUACGCUAUUAUCUUGAAAUGAGGAGAGAAGGAACGCUAUACUAGUCAUACUGAUCUAUUCUGUUCUGUGACCGGAUUGAAAAACCACGCGGCGCAAUUGGCAAGAGGCUUUGCGCAACAAUGUUAAGUUGUUUCAUUUGGUUGUUUUAUUUUGUUUGUUGUAUCUUUAUGGGUGUCGCAACAACAGCAAAGCCGUUGUCGAUUUUAUUUAUGGAGCCUAUUCCAUCAACCAGCCAUCACAUCUGGGCAGUGAAUUUAAUUAAAGGAUUGCUUCGCAAAGGCCAUCAUGUACACGCAGUGAGCAUACACAAGACCAAAGUUGAGGGUAAACUCGCUCAAAAUUUGACAUAUGCUGUUUUUGAUGGUAUGAUGGAAAGUUACGAAGAAGCCGAGGAUUAUAAUCCGUCUGAUUGGGAACGUUACAGUGUGCUGUAUAUGGCGUAUUUUACAUAUCAGUGGGGUAUCGACGGAUGUAAUGCAGUAAUAAAAACGAAAGUAGCGAAAGAGCUUUUGGAAAUGAUCAAGACUGUCGAGUUUGAUGUUAUAGUGCAGGACAUUACUUUAACUCAAUGCUUGUACGGAUUAUGGGAGGUUGCUAAAGGUAAACCACCCAUAGUGGGCUACAUUCCGUUUGGCCCCGCACCUUGGCUCAAAGAUUUUGUCGGUGGUCCUAGUUAUCCGACUAUUCGACCAUACACACAUGCAGCCAUAGCAAAACCCAUAGGUUUGUGGCUAAGAACAUUAAAUGUUCUGUAUUAUAUUGCGGAUAAUUGUAUACGACAUUACUACUUUUUGCCUAUUGUUCAACGAAUUGCUGAAGAAUACAUGGGUCACGCGAUUAGGCCAUUACAUGAAAUAGAAAAAGACAGUAUUAAUAUCGUAUUAAUUAAUACUCAUUCUGCAUUUGAGCCUGGAAUCCCUUUGCCCCCAAACACCCUGGAAAUUGCAGGACUGAAUGCUCAGGCUGUGGAACCGUUUGCUGGAGAGGUAGUUGUAACUCUUCCCGAGGACAUGCGCGUAUUUCUUAAUAGAGCAAAAAAUGGUGCCAUCAUAAUAUCAUUAGGAACAAAUGUAAAGUGGAAACCCAUUGGGCUAGACAAGAUCAAAAUUGUUAUACUGGCUUUAUCAAAAUUAAAACAACGAGUGUUGUGGAAGCUAGAUGUUGAAGUGCCAUUUCAAAUACCGGACAACGUAAUGAUUGUGAAGUGGAUGCCGCAGAAAGAAGUUCUAUCUCAUAAAAAUAUAAAAGCAGUCUGGACACAUGGUGGUCUGCUCAGCACGCAGGAAGCUAUUUGGAAAGGUAUACCACUGAUUGUAAUGCCUUUCUUCAUGGAUCAAAAAUCCAAUGCACAAAUGUUAGUAGCUAAAGGAGUUGGCAUAUAUUUGGAUAUUAAAACUUUGUCUACACUUACUGUAUUACACGCAGUUGAAGAAAUACUUUACAAUGAAAGUUAUACAAGGAACAUGAAACAAUUAUCCAGUGAAUUCCGCGAUCGGCCAAUAUCGCCAUUAGAUUUAGCUAUUUGGAGCAUUGAAUAUUCUGUCCGCCAUCCAAAUGGAACUUUGGUAACACCGUUAAGGUUUCAGAACUGGCUAGAGCAAAAUUUAAUCGACGUCUACGCAUUUUUAUUCCUUAAUGUUAUUGUAAUUUUGUUAAGUUUAAUCUUUGGAAUAAAAGUACUGAUUGGUUUUUGUUAUAAUCGCACAUACACGAUGUCUAAAUUGAACAAAAAUAAACAAGCUUAAACGGUGAAAAUAUUAACACAGAUAAACACUACAUUCAAUGUAGUUGUUUUAUGUAACAUUAAUCUAAAAAAAUUAAUGUGUAAAUAUAAAAAAUGUACAUUAAUUGUAUAGAUAUUGUAAUUGAAAUAAAUUAUUAUACUAAAUUAA